UAUCCUGGUACAGCUAGCAGUAGUACGUUCAGUGGGAUCCGCACUGCUGGAGUUGGGCUCUCUGUAGGGUGAGAAGAUUGGCGGUUUUGGAUUGGGUUUAUAUUUGUAAUUGAUGCGACAAGUGCACCGAUACACUGUAAAUUAAAAAAAUAUUAUUUCCGUGGGAUUGCAAUUACAGAUAGCAUGUGAACUCCCCUGCAGGAGCUGGAAGAGCAUUUGAAGUGAAAUGUUGGAUGCAUCUCUGCAGCUGUACAUUCUUCCUUGCACACUGAGGUGACAAUGGUUCUGAAGAGAUGAGGGAACAUCACUGAUCUUUUUGUGACCUUGUGCACUGUUGGAACAUUACUGUUCAGCACUUCAUUUUUAUUGUGAUCUUCAAACAACUGUGGAGGAAACAGAAAGACAUCUUUGCAGCUGUAUUUCCCAGAUGUCACAUAUGCAGGACAACUUCAUGAACACAAGUUAUCACCUCAUGAUGGAAUGGUAGCAAUAACCCAUGUGGUGAGCGUCAUCCCCCCAACCUUAACCAGCUGUAAAUGGUUGGGGGAAACUAAAAGGGAAUGCAAUGCAUGUUAUGAACUGUAUCUCUUCACUUCAUGAUAAAGAAACUAGAGAUGAUCCUUCUUUAAGUUUAUUAAUGCCAGUGCAAUCACCAGGGCCAGAGUCUACAGGAGUUCCACCUGGCUUACCUCCUCCCCCACCACCACCUCCCCUGCCCCCACCACCACCCCCACCACCACUUCCUCCCCCUCUUCCUCCUCCAGGAUUGCCACCACCACCAAGUCAUCAAGGGUCUCAUCAGAUUGAAAAGAAAAAAAGGAUGCGUACCUUUUUCUGGAAAACCAUUCCUGAGGAGAGAGUUCGUGGCAAACCCAACUUCUGGACUAUGUUUGCAGGGAAACAUCAGUAUGAAAUUGAUACUAAGAGCAUUGAGGAACUCUUUGGACAGCAUGAGGAAGAAAGGACUAGAAGUAUUAAAAGAGGUACAGGAUCUCGGUCAUCAUUCAGAGACACUAAAGAUGUGGUAACUAUCUUGGAUUCCAAGAGAAGUAUGAACGUUGGAAUAUUUCUCAAGCAGUUUAAAAAGUCAGUUCAGAGCAUUGUUGAAGAUAUUCAUUUGGGAAGAAGUGAACAGUAUGGUUCAGAGACUCUGCGUGAUCUGCAGAAGUUGUUACCUGAAUCAGAAGAGUUAAAGAAACUAAAGGCCUUUAAAGGUGAUGUGAAUACACUAUCCUUGGCAGAUUCUUUCAUGGUUUUACUAACACAGGUGCCAAGCUAUGCAAUCCGAAUUGAAUUCAUGAUGUUGAAGGAGGACUUUACACCGUGCUGCGGAGCUUUAAACAAAGAAAUAACAAUUAUUAGUCUAGCAACAAAAGAACUGAUGUCAUGUGAAGAGCUUCAGGCUAUCUUACACUUGGUCUUACAGGCUGGUAAUAUUAUGAAUGCUGGUGGCUACGCUGGAAAUGCUGUUGGUUUUAAGCUGUCUUCCUUGCUAAAUCUAGCAGACACAAAGUCAAACAAACCUGGAAUGAAUCUGCUUCACUUUGUUGCUAUGGAAGCCCAAAAGAAAGAUCUUGCUCGCUUAUUUUUUAUGGAGAAUUUGCAGCACCUUCAAGCUGCAGCCAGGGUAUCCACUGAAAACAUUGAGACAGAGUUCAAGCUGCUGUCUUCAAGGACAGAAUCUCUGCAAAAUAACAUCAAGCAAAAUGCUGAUCUGAAAGCAGAAACAGCAGAUUUAAUUCAGUAUGCUUUAAAAGAGCUUGAAGAACUGGGGAAGAGAAAAUCAGAUAUGUAUGCUGAAGGUCACACACUCCUCGAUUUCUUCUGUGAAGACAAAGACACUAUGAAACUUGAUGAGUGCUUUCAGAUAUUUAGAGACUUUUGUGACCGAUUUAACAAGGCUGUAAAAGAAAAUGCUGAAAGAGAGAGUCGAGAAUUGUUGAGAAAACAAAGGCAGAAGGAGCUGGAAGAAAAGCGUCGUUCCUGGGCAGCUGGUGAUUAUGGUUUAGGAAGAAGUAGCAGUGAGAGUGAUGUAGAGCUGCUUUCCACCUUCCACCGCAAGAGACCUCAGAGCUUUUCAAACAAGAAAAGGUCCAGACUUUCUGUUGGUGCUUUGGCUGAUAGGGAACUUCAGACAUUCCUAGAAAUCCCCAGACAGGAAGAAAAUUACCGAAGCAGCAGCCUCCCCUAUGUAAACGAGCAGCAUACAAAACCAAGAACAGCAUGGAUGGAAUCAGCUGAGCAGGAGAGGAGCUUAAAUGAUCUUCAUUUAAAUCUAAAUCAAAAGCACCAAUCUGAAGUAAACAUAAACAAACCACAAGAUGUCCCCAGAUCCUCUCCUGCUUCCUUGGAUAGAGAAAAAAUCUGUACAACUAUGGAAGCCUUUGAUGACAACAGAAAUACUGUUGGAAAUUUUGACAAAGAAAUAAGAAGUUGGACAGAAUUAGAUAUCAAUUCAUUAAUCUGCAAAUCAAUUGAAAAUGAGCAUCACAGUAGCAAAAGUCAGUUUCCUCAAAAUGAGGAUUUCAGUAACAUAUGUAUAAUGAAUUUUAAAGAUGUCAAUGUAACUGACUUAGAGACAUCCAGUAAUAUCAGUAUGCAAUCUCAGGACAUUACAGAUGAAAAUAUAUCCAGUUUUAGUUCUAAACAAGAAGAUAGGUACUGUGCUGAAUCAUCUCAUUCCCAGAGCUUGGACACUCCCUCCAAGCAUGAAGGAGAUAGUUUUGGGCUUCUGGUGUCAAACAACAUAGAUCCUUCACCUUUUGAUAGUGGCAUUUCAGACAUAAAGGAAGCUGAAGUGUCAUUUUAUAUUACUGACUGUACGGACACUACAGACUGCUCUGUAAUGUUAGACUGUUCUGAGGGAAGUGAUGGCAAAUCUUUUUCCACAGGGCACUACGCUGGAUCUCCAGUCUUUCCUACCCCUGCAUCUGAUCAGACUGCAACUUCCACUAAUCUGGAAUCUUGCUCUUCAGGUGAUGCUUUGGAGUCUAAUCCCAAAUCUUCCAGUAGUAAACAGAAAACAAAUAAGAGUCCCAAACAUCCAGACACAAAACUGACCAAAGAAGGGAAAAAACUGUUGGAACCUAAUAAAGUGGUCUCAGAAUCUAAGAGAAGCAGUGCUGUCAGGCAUCAGUCUGCAGGUUCUUUCAGAUCAGAUAGAGCUCAACCAUCCAAUUUGUUAAAUCAAAAGUCUGUCAGGACACUAACUGCAUUAGAGAAUGAGAGUAUGAGAAAAGUGGUACCUGUUUCCAGAUCAAAUAAAUUAUUUAGCAAAAAAACAGAAGAGAGACCCUUGGUGAAAGAAAGUAGUUCUGAAGUGAAAAGACACCAGCAGACUUUUGUAAGAGAUAAGAUGGAGAAACAAGCUGUAAAUCAGCAUAGAACCAACUUAGCAAAUGAAGAUCAGAAACUACACAGGGGGACUUUUUCAUCAAACAGUUUCCGCUCUAACAAGGAACAGCUACAGCGCAAGAAUUCCCAAAAGAAGCCAAGUGCUAAGCCAGUUAGGAACAUGCCUAGACCAAAGCCAGAAGAAACCAAAAUUUGCCGUUCUACAAUGAGGGCCCAAGCUAUGUUAGAAAUGAGCAACAAUACAGCUUCUGACCAUACCAAAGUGCAAGCUUCCACUCCAAACUUUGCAAGGAAUACAGUAGCAUCAUCAUCUAGAAGAGCAAAGAAAACUCCUUCUGUUCCUACUGGCACAACAAAGGUUUCUACACCAAAACCAUCUCCUGAUAAAGCUGCAGUGGCAGACAUGAAUCAGACCACAAAAGGAAAGGAUGACUCAAGUACUGGAGCUAUAAGGAAAACUGGCAGUAUAAAGUUGCAUGGAAAAUCUCAGCAGGGAUCAAGUGAGGAACAAGCCCCCAAAAAUGAAACAAUUCAGAGAGCAUCUGGUCUGAUAAAAAGGCUGUCAUUAAGAGACAAAAGCAGAACACCUUCAGAGCAUUCUAAACCUUUAUGGAGAUAACCAUCUAUAUUAGGGUAGUAUCAUGUACAGUAAUUUAUUGACAUAAAUACACAUGUAUUUUAUUUGUAUACAUAAAAUAAUUAGUUUGACUUCUUAGGAUCUAAAUGUUUUGCUAAUUUUGGGGGUUUGGGUUGGAAAAUUUUAGUCUGUAACCUACAGCUGAGAAUCACAAGAAGCAUGUAGGUUGAAAAGUACAUUAAUUGUAAAAUAGCACUGUGUGUUAUAUUACUGUACUUGAAGGGAUUUUUAAAGGUAAAAGGAGUGUAGGGGCCUUUAUAGCUGGAAAGUAGCUGAGACCUUUUUUUCCCAGCCCUCUGACUAAUAUAAUGUGGCGUUGAAUAUGAACAGAAGCCAUGGUACAUAUGCUGUGAAGUUUGUUACCUUUAUGAGACCUGAGUGACUUAUAACAUGGGAAUCACAGAUGACUUUUAUAAACACACCAAGUGCCAUUUACUGUAGAACAAGUCUUGGGGAAAAAGCCAGGAAAGCACUUUAUUUUGUCCAGAAUGUAUGCUGUGUUAGUACAGUACCACUGAGAAAUGGACCAUGUCUGACUUGUAUUGCUGGAUUUUGAAGGGGACUCCUGUAUUUUUAUUUAUUUAUUUUUUAUUUUGAGAUUGUGUUGAAAAUAGCAGCAGUGUUUUAAACUGGAUUUUACAUUUAAUGUUCAGGUGCGUCUAAUUUUACAUAAUGCACAACAGUUUUAAGAUCAUGUGUUCAGGGUAGAUUUUUGGACAAAAGUGGUAUAUUAUGCAUUUUUAUACCCAGUUUCAAGAUACUAGGUGCCAUGCUAAACCAAGCAAAGUGUUUUUAGAUUUUAUCAGAUGCUUGUGUUUGGGUAGCUUAAAACAUUCCAUAAAUUAAUUGCUUGAAUGAAAUUGCUCUGUUGUUGUCUCAGGUACUUUUGAAAUCAUUGUCGACUAUGGCUUACUUACACAGACAUAUGCUGUGAUAUAUAGAUGAUAGUAACCAUCUUUAUGACUUUCUGCAGAUACUUAAGCCCUGUGGCUUCAGUUACUCUCAGCAGUGCUAGUGAGUGGACUCAGUGAUUAAAUUUUAUUUGUCCAGCAGUUUCACUUUUGUAUUAUGUGCUGCUGCUGUUUUAAGCCCACCAGUAAUAUUAAUGAGUGUGACUUGACUCCAUUUACUUGUUUUCUAAGUAUGCCAUUUUGUGGUGAAUGCAUCUGAAGUUAGUGCACCACUUGUUACUUACUCCACCCUGCAGUGAAAUUGUGACACAAUGUCAUUCAUUAGGUAGUAGUGGAUAUUUUGGAAUGCCAUUAGGGUGAGUAUUCUCAUCCAGUUAUGAAGUAUGUAAAAGAAGUGCAAGCUGUCUUGCAUACCUUGCAAAACUGCUCUAAUUUAUAACUUCCCCACUGCCUAAAACUGUCAUAGUGUUUUUAAGCACUGAAGUUCAAAUCACUAGAUGCUGUAGUCCAUGGGAGGGGUCUGUGUAAAUGAGUAUUUUGACAAGCUGCCCAGUUGGAGGAUGUGUGUAAUAUGAGAUCAUAGAUGCACAAACUGUGCAGGUGGUGUGCAGAACAGGAAUCCAAAGACAUUCAUGUGCAUUGCAUUCCUGGAGAGCACCAUGAGUGUUUGUGCAUGAGUGGCUAGUGUGUGUGUGUGUGUGUGUGUGUGUGUGUGUGUGUGUGUGUGUGUGUGUGCGUGUGUGUGUGUGUAUAAGUACUGGAACAGUGUGAGAGUGGGACAAUGAGAGUCUGUACAUGAAUAGCUAGCAUGUAUGAGUGUGUGUGUGUGUGUGUGUGUGUGUGUGUGUGUGUGUGUGUGUG